UCAGGUACUUUUGUGUACUACGUCAUGAACUACACACCAAUAUAGGACGUCCUUAGUAACAACACAAGCUUCGGUCAAUGGCGGUAUAAAUAUCAGUCAAAACUUAUUUGUUUAUUGUGGUAUCACUUGCCCAGCAAUUUAUAAAAACAGACAUGGGAAAGAAAGUAAAGAAGGAUGAGAAACCUCCUCCAGAUGAUGUGUUUGACCCACUAUUGGUUGAGAGCAGACAAGCUGGGACUGUGGUCCUUAUGUUAAGUAGUCCAGAAGAAGACGUACAGGCCAAAGCAUGUGAAGCUAUUUAUAAAUAUGUUGAUAAAUGUGAUGAGAAUAAGAAACAGCUUCUUGAUUUAAAUGCAAUAGAAGCUUUACUUCCACUCUUACAAAGUGAAGAUAGAAUAGUGAGAAGAAAUGCUUGUAUGGCUGUUAGUGUUAUGACAGCACAUCCCGAAGUAAGGAAAAAGUUGAGAAAGAAUGAAGAAGCCAUACCUGCUAUGAUUACAUUGUUAGCACCUGAAGAGGACACUGUUGUACAUGAGUUCUGUGCCCUUGGUUUAUCACAGAUGGCAAUAGAGUUCAGCAGUAAAGCAGUGAUAUUUGAGAAUAAUGGAAUAGAACCAUUGGUUAAAUGUCUGAGCUCAUCCGAUCCUGAUGUACAGAAAAAUGCUAUUGAAACUUUGGCACAACUUCUUUUGGACUACCAGACAAGGGCAGCAAUCAAAGAUUGUGAUGGAUUAUCUCCCAUGUUAGAAUUACUGAAGUCAGAGUUUUCCAUCAUACAGAAGUUAGCUCUACUGGCAUUAGACAGGGCAUCACAAGACGCUGACAACCGAGGUGCUUUGAGAGAAUUAGAAUCUAUGUCUAAACUGGUAGACUUUGUAGCCCACCCUGAAUGGAACGAUUUGCAUGUUAUGGCUGUAAUGGUUCUAGCCAACCUGUUAGAAGACCAUGAAAGCUUAGAGUUAGUAAAAGAGACUGGCACACUAAAGAGACUUGUUGCUCUGAUAACAGAUCAACCUCCACCAGAGGAGGAGGCCAAGGGUGGAGGUGGAAAGGGAGGAAAGGCAGAGAAAGGAGGGUCAAGGGCAGCUAAAAAGAGUGCUAAAGAUGGGGGUAAAACUAGCAGAGGUAAAAAGUCCUCAGAAGAAAAAGAGGAGUCCGUACCAGGAGAGGCCAUCAUACCUACCCUACCUGAUGUUAAAAUGUGUGCAGCUAAAGCAAUAGCUAGAUCAGCCAGGAGUGCUGAAAACAGAAAGAUUCUGCAUGAACAAGAAGCAGAGAAGAUGUUGAUCCACUUACUGGCUCAUGAGUCUGCUGAAGUUCAAACAGCUGCAGCUCAGGCUCUGGGUAUUAUGUCAGAGAAUCUGCUGACUAAAGACUCAAUACGAGAGUGGGAGGGUGUUCAGCCAUUGGUAAAGUUACUGAAUUCAGACAAUGGCGAUGUUAAAGAAGCAGCUUCCUUAGCACUAGCUAAUCUGACUGCCAAUAACAGUACUAAUUGUCAUGAUAUCAGUAAUUUUGGUGGCAUUGAUGCUUUAAUCCAUACAUUAGCUGAUGCUAGAGAGGAGGCUGUAGCUAAUGCUGCCUGUUGUCUGACUAACAUGGCCACCGAGGAGGCACUGAGGAGUGAUGCUCAGAACAAAAAUAUUGUAGUCAAACUUAUAGAGCCUUUAAAAUCAAAGAAUACAAAUGUACAGUCGAAAUGUUCUUUAGCAGUAGCAGCUUUUGUAUGUGAUGUGGACUCCAGAUCUGAUUUCAGAAAUAAUGGAGGUAUUGAGUUUUUGAUAACACUGUUACAUUCUGGGAAUGAUGAGGUGAGAAGGAAUUCCUCUUGGGCCAUUGCUGUUUGUGCUGUAGAUGAACAGACUGCUUCAGAAGUCUGCAAGUUAGGAGGAAUGUCAGUAUUACAAGAGAUACAGGUAUCAGGAACCAGGAGAAAUCCUUUUGCUGAUGUGGCACUGCAGAACUUACUCAACAGUAACUUAUCAGCUAAAUAUUCACUGACUGGAGCCCUGAGUUCCACAAACAUAAUAUUAGAUGGAUUUUACGAUGCUGGACAGUUGAGACCUGGAAGUCAGUUCUUGUCACUGGAGGAUUACUGUAAACAGGAACUACACGACAAACGACCAGUACUUCUUGUUAAUGCUAAACCAGAGUCAGCACCCAAGGAAUCUCAGUCACAAGCAGAUGCUGAAAUGGCAAAAGACAGUUCUAAGACCAGUGUAUCUGGGAAAUCAUCCCGUACUGGCAGGGAAACCAAGGCCCGUAAAGGAUCAGGUGAAAGGAAAUCCAAAGCACAGAAAGAAAAGGAAGAAAAGCAGAGAGAGGAAGAGAUUCAGGCACAGCUCCAGAGAGAGGCUGAGAAUCAAUCGACCACAGACAAUAAACCAUUUGAGAUGCCAUGUGAUUCAAACCUUUGUCAGUACCUGGAGGAGAUCACAGAGAAAAUACAACCAUUACAGACCACCAGAGAACAAGUGGUGGCAUUGGCCCAAUAUGUUAGUGACCAUAUGGGUGGCCCAAUAGAGAAGGGAGAACUAGCCAACUUCAGCUAUGAACUACCAAUCAGCCAGAUUAGAUAUGAAAUGAAAUCUAAUGUAGUACCUAUUGGCAAGAUCAAGACAGGGAUACAUAUACACAGAGCUUUACUAUUCAAGGUGUUGGCUGACAGGAUAGCAGUUGGAUGUACAUUGAACCGAGGGGAUUACAACCUGGCAUGUAAUGAGGUCAUGUUACCAGAUUCUGAUGACACUCCUGGAGCACCAAAGUUCCCUCCCAGGACCUUUGUGGUAGAUUUAGUCCAUUGUCCAGGUAAAUUAUUGAGAGCUGACUCUCCAGAAGCUGCACAAUACCAACAACUCUAAUUAGACACUCAUCAUAAAAAGUGCAGGCCAAAAAUUAUAAUGAAGAUCAUGAAGUUUUAGAUUUAAUAAACUUGACUAAGUUAUGUCACUGUUAAGUUACAAAUGAUGGCAUUGAAUGACAUGGGAAAAAAAUCUGUUCUUCAGCAUUUAGUGGGUUUUUUAUACAACGUCAAAAGAGAGUAUAUGAAGAGAUCUACAUUCCGUCCUCUAAUCUAUUGACUUUUUACAACUGUUUUUAACUAUAUACAAAGAGAAAAAUUAUGUGAUAUGGAUUUUGUUAUUUAUAUUUUAAUUCUUAAUAAAUGUUUUUAUUUAUAUA